UUUCAUUCGCAGAGGAACGCCGAGACAGGACGACCAUGAGAUAAGGACUGAACUUUGUGUGGUAGACUCAUUUUAAGACUCGUUUAAAUAAUUAUAUUCACACUGGCCGCUUUGGUUGCGUUUUAAAGGCAGUUUGUAGGUUUUUUGUUUGUUCUCAAAAUAAUUCCGGAGUGAAACAAGUCGUCCUAAUCUACUUUCGGAUUUUUUUUUUUGUGCUAUUGUUGUUUUUAAAAGUAAACUCUGUGUUGCUAAUCUUUUGAUCAGAAUGCGGUCCAAACCGCUUGGGAGUUAAUGUAAGUAAAAAAAACAAAAACAAAAAAACAAAAAAAACCCUCAAGAAGACAUUUCCUGAGUGGAUAACCUGGAAUGUGUGUGCAGCCGCUUCCCUUGUAAAAGAAGGCACUCUGACCUGGACACAGGAGAGUAACAAAGAGAGGCGGUAUAACCUGCGAGAAUGCGCUUUUUUUUUUUUUUACCAGGCUUUCUGGCUUUUUUACAGUCCGAAUAAAAUGGAAUGGGAAUUUUAAAAGAGCCUGUCGCCCCCCACCGCAAACAAAGAUUGGAUUGGAGCAGCGUCGAGCGAAGGGAACAACGUUGCGGGAAAUGGAGAAGGAAGGCUCGUUGGAGCCAAACAACACACAGGCUGAGGUUUAUGUAUUGUUAGCAGAACGGUCCGAACUGCUCCUCCGCCCUGUUUAGUACCAGAGCAUUCCUUUUCGUCACCAAAUGCAGCGAGCGGGUUUUCACUAGACGUGUGCGGGGUUAAAAAUGAGGCUGGACUGGCUGCAGUUGGUGGUGGUUUUGCUGCUGAGUGGCCUCCGUGGUUCCGCGGUGCCGUUCGCCUGCAAAACAUCCGACGAACGGCCGAGGAGCGGAGGGAAAAGCCCGGUAUCGGACAGGAAAGUGGUCUGCAGCAACAUGGAUCUCCAUCAGGUGUUACCUCCGGACUCCUUCCCCAACAGAACAGUCACACUAAUUCUAAACAACAACAAGAUUCAAGAACUUCGAAGUGGAGCCUUCGUUGGAUUGUCUACUUUGGAAAAAUUGGACCUGCGGAGUAACAUUAUCAGUCGUAUUGAGCCGGGAGCUUUCCUGGGAUUGGGAGCACUGAAGAAACUGGACCUGUCCAACAACAGCAUUAGCUGUCUUAACGGAGACAUCUUUAAGGGCCUGGACAGCUUGAGUCGACUAAACCUUUCAGGAAACAUGUUCUCCUCAUUGGCUCAGGGAUUGUUUGACAGGCUCGUGUCUCUGAAGGCAUUGGAGUUUCAGACACCUUACCUGCUCUGUGACUGCAGCCUCUUGUGGCUGCCGCGUUGGAUCAAAGACCGGAACGUUUCUGUGAAGAACACAAAGUGCUCCUACCCUCAGUCGCUCCAGGGUCAGCUCAUACCUUCUCUGAGGCCAGAGCUCCUUACAUGCGAUGCUCCACUCGAGCUGCCCUCCUUCCAGCUAACUCCGUCCCAACGCCAGGUCGUCUUUCAGGGGGACAGCCUGCCGUUCCAGUGUCAGGCUUCCCUUGUAGCCGAGGACAUGCAGGUUCUCUGGUACCAGAAUGGCCGCAUGGUCAAGCCAGAUGCCACUCGGGGCAUUUUUAUAGAGAAGCGCAUUGUGCACAACUGCUCCCUCAUUGCUAGUGCCUUAACCAUCUCAAACAUCCAGCCUGGUUUUAUGGGAAACUGGGAGUGUCGGGUCCGGACGAGCCGGGGAAACACAACCAGGACCGUGCACAUUGUGGUUCUGCAAAGUUCUGCCAAGUACUGCGCUCCUGAACGGGUUUCCAACAACAAAGGGGAGUUCAGGUGGCCCCGCACUCUGGCAGGAAUCAAAGCCUACCUGCUCUGCAACCUACCGCCAUCCAGCGCACGUGCCUACACAGGCAUCCUGGGCGAGGAACGGCAAGCAUGGCGUUACUGCAAUCCUGAGGGGCUCUGGGGGGAGGAGGACUACUCCCAGUGUCAGUUUCAGAAAGAGGUCACUCGGUUUCUCUAUGUCAUCAAUCAGAUGCCUCUAAACGAGACCAAUGUUGUAACCAAAGCUCGAAGCCUGUUGGUCUACACGAUCGAUGCUGCCAACCUGUCAGACAAGAUGGACAUCAUCUUCAUGGCUGAAAUGAUUGAGAAGUUUGGCAAGUUCGUAGAGAAGUUUAAAGAUCUGGGUGAGGUAAUGGUCAACAUGGCCAGUAACCUGAUGCUGGCCGAUGAGAGAGUGCUGUGGAUGGCCCAGCGUGAAGCCAUGGCGUGCACCCGCAUCAUUGCCUGCCUACAGAAAAUUGCCGUCUACCGCCUGGCCACAGCACAGGCCUUCUCCCUGACGUCCCCCAACAUCGCCCUGGAGGCCCUCACAGUCAGGGUCAACGACUGGAACGUCAUGACCUGCAUCCUGUUCCAGAGGCCCAGCCUGGAGCGACUGCAUGGCCAGGACCGCCAGCUCACGUUCAAAUGCAACACCACUGGUCCUUUCUCCACUUACCUCUACAAGAGCACCAUAGUGGAGGCUUCGCUGCAGCUCCCGCAGUCUCUUUUCAGCCAGGUUGUUGUUCCUGGGCAGGCAGACGAUAACGUCUACAAGCUCUACCUGCUGGGCUUCCGCAACGGCAAGUUUUUCCCCUCUACUGGGAACACCUCCCUUCUGGCUGAUGGAGGGAGGAGGAAGAGUGUGACCACCCCUGUUGUCAUGGCAAAGAUAGAUGGUAUCUCUCUGCGUGUCCUGAGGACCCCCAUCAACAUCACCCUCCGGCGUUUUGCUCACGGCUCUGACGCCGUCUCCGCUCGUUGGAAUUUCAGCCUGGCGGGAGGUCAGGGAGGCUGGAGGAGCGAGGGCUGCCGCAUCCUGGAGAGUCACGACAACUUCACCACCAUGUCCUGCAACUCCCUGGGCAACUAUGGUCUGCUUAUGGACCUCACCAGUGCUGACCAGAUCUCUCCAAGCAUCCAGCCUUUACAUCCAGUCAUCUAUGCUACAAGUGUCAUCCUACUCCUCUGCUUGUUCACGAUCAUUAUCAGUUAUAUCUACCACUACAGGUCUGUUCGCGUGAGCCGAAAGUUUUGGCACAUGCUGGUCAACCUCUGCUUUCACAUCUCACUCACCUGUGGGGUUUUUGUAGGCGGCAUCAAUCAGACACGAUACGCCAACGUCUGCCAAGCAGUGGGCAUUCUGUUGCACUAUUCGACUCUGGCUACUGCUCUGUGGGUGGGCGUGACUGCACGCAACAUAUACAAGCAAAUUACACGCAAAGCCAAACGCUACGAGGAGCUGGACGAGCCGCCGCCACCCCCAAGACCAAUGCUCAGGUUCUACCUAAUCGGUGGGGGGAUACCCAUCAUUGUCUGUGGAAUCACCGCUGCAGCCAACGUAAAAAACUACGGCAGCCAAAGAUAUGCACCAUAUUGCUGGAUGGCAUGGGAGCCAAGCAUCGGUGCCUUCUACGGACCAGCAGGAUUCAUCAUCUUCGUGGACUGUAUGUACUUCCUCAGUAUCCUGCUGCAGCUGCGCCGACACCCUGAGCGGCGCUAUGAGCUGAAGGAAUCUAGCGAAGAGCAGCAACAUCUGGCUUCAGUCAGCAGCGAGGCCGGGCCAGAGGGUCCCAGCAGCAACUCUAACCCCCUCCCCGUGCAGCCUCAGCCCAAUGAGGCGUCGUCCUCCGUGGCAUCCGCCGCCCACGCUGUGGCCCUCUCGGCCCUGGAGAACGAACACACCUUCUCCGCCCAGCUGAUUGGGGCGGUGGGGGCCUUAGGGCUGUAUUCGGUCCUCUGGGUGUUUGGUGCCAUGGCUGUAUCACAGGACCAUCCUUUUGACAUGGCUUUCACCUGCCUCUUCGGCCUGACUGCGCUGGCGCUCGGGGUGUUCAUGGUGGCACACCACUGCGUCAACCGGCAGGAUAUGAGGCGAUUUUGGUUGCAGGUUUUUUGCUCUGGAAGGCGAGCUUACUCUGCACAGGAGGAGGUCCUUCUGCCUCAGACGGGCAUCGCUGUGAUGUCAACGGUGACGUCUGAUAAUAAGGCUGACGGGGAUUCAACAAAAUGUGGCCAGAGCAGCGCGGAUUCUUCUUACACCAACAGGAGCGCCCCAAGUGUGCGCAACUCAGGCAAUGGGAGCAAGCUGACCAACCUACAUGCAGAGGCGGCUCAGUGCAAGGCCGCCUCAGCUCCUGUGACGGCCAAUGGCACCGCUGUUCUAGACAACAGUCUGACUGAGCAUUCAUUAGACAACGAGAUUAAAAUGCACGUAGCACCGGUUGAGGUGCAGUUCCACCCGUUGAGCAACAUCAGCGAUCCGGCAGCUAACGGAAGUACGAGCAGGCAUCAGAAGAACAAAGCUCGAGCGCACAGGGCCAGUCGGCUGACUGUGCUGCGAGAGUACGCCUACGAUGUUCCCACAAGCGUGGAGGGCAGCGUGCAGAGCGCCCCCAACAGGCGGCACCAUUACUACGACAUGGCCGCGCGCAACAGCCGACGCGCGGCUUACAUGGCCUACAGGGAGCGCCACCAGAGCCAGCUGCAGCAGGACAGCAGCGACAGCGCGAGCCUGCCUCGGCGCUCCCGCUUCUCCGAGAAAGGAAGCGGUGCUCCGCUUGGAAACGGGACUGCUGUGAGCAUAGAGGCAGAGCAGGCGGUUCCAUCUGGAUCACCAGCUGCCAGUAAAGACGCUGUACGACAGCCAGGCAGCUCGGAACCAGAAAGCCACAGCAGCAAGUCGUACGGACUCAACCUGGUCCCUCAAAACGGCGGCACACUGAAAAAAAAUGGACAAGCAGUGCCUUUAAUGAACGAUGACGGUGCCUGCAUAACAACAGGCCUGUGGAAACAUGAAACUACUGUGUAGCAAUAGUUUCCCUCCUGAAAACUGCCUAAAUAAAAACCCUCAUGCCUUUUAAACUGUGAAA